AUGUCAAUGCUAUUGGCGUUCGUACUUCAUGUCUUAGCAAUGACUCAUAAUAAUUGGAAACAUAUACGUUGUAAAACAUGUAAUUCAACUACAAAAUUACCAACAUUUUACACCUCACUUUUGUCAAGAUGUUAUUCAGGAGUUACAGUUCAAUUACCUGCAUUUUCUACCCAGUUAUGUAUACCAAAUAAGGCAUUAUAUCCUCGACAUUUAACCAAGACGAAUGUUUUCGACUGCCUUGUUGAAUACUCGAAAAAUCCUGAUGCUGUAUGUGCCGCGCAGUCCUACACAAAAAAAGAUUGUUAUUGUGAUUAUUCUCCAGUAACAAAAGUCAUGUUAGCAACAACAACAUUUGCUGCGUUUGCAAUUGGUCUCUCGAUAGGAAUAUCACAUAUUUUAUCGGUAUUACGUCUGGAUCAAGUGCCUAACUGGUUGUUCAUAAGCACAGUUACUCUUCUUAUAAUAGGAUUCAUAUGUAUGCUAAUUUCUCUAAUGUUAGUUGGCGUAUUUAGAGCUGAAGAUAUUGCCAGUCUUAUAUUUUCAGUUAAAUCACAAGAAUAUUUUAGCAUAAAUGCUAGUAUAGUGCAUGAUGUUGGUUUUGCCCAAUGGAGACAAGCAACAUGGCAGAGAGAUUAA